GGAUGACUCUCCUCCUGUCCUUUCUGAUUAUACUAAGUGCAGGAGAGCUCUGUUUCCCACAUGCUUGGAGUGCUACAAUUUAGAGCUCCAUCUUCCAGCGACUCUGUCCUACUGAAUCCCAGCAGCUCCAGCAAAACUGCUGUACCCGUGAACGUGCUUUGCUGCUGCUUCACAGGCCUGCCAACCCUCAACGUUAUUUCCUGAAGAGCAUAAACAAAAGACUGAAGAGCAGGAUGCAGCGCAUCAGGGAAGGCAUUCACAUACGCACUAUGAAGGCCAAGAGGAAAGUGGAGGAGAUCUCCAAAGAGGAUGUCCAGGCCUUCCUCAAGAAGAAUGCCUUUGUCCUCUUUACGGUCGGAGCAGUUGUUAUAGGUAUUGUUCUUGGAUUUGCACUGAGGCCCUAUAAGAUGACCUAUCGAGAAGUGAAGUACUUCUCUUUUCCUGGAGAGCUGUUAAUGAGGAUGCUUCAGAUGCUUGUCCUGCCUUUACUGAUCUCCAGUCUAAUAACAGGAAUGGCAGCUUUGGACAGCAAAGCUUCAGGAAAGAUGGGAAUGAGAGCUGUGAUUUACUACAUGACUACGACCUUUAUUGCAGUCUUCAUCGGCAUCAUAAUCGUGCUAAUCAUCCACCCAGGAAAAGGAUCAAAAGAUGAGUUUGGAAAACAGCAGACUAUAGAGCAAGUCAGUCCUGCUGAUGCCUUCUUGGAUCUGAUCAGAAACAUGUUCCCACCAAACUUGGUCCAAGCCUGCACACAGCAGUUCAAAACCAAAUAUGGAAAACGAGUAGUUCAUGUGACGGUGACAGUGAAUGACACCCUCUUCAACUCAACCAAUGGCACCCAGGAGGUCAUGGAGAUCUCAAGGGAGGAAGUGAUCCCAGUGCCGGGUCAGGUGAAUGGGGUCAAUGCUCUUGGGCUGGUGGUCUUUUCCAUGUGCUUUGGUCUAAUAAUUGGCAACAUGAAGGAGCAGGGCCAGCUCCUGAGAGACUUCUUCGACAGCCUCAAUGAAGCCAUCAUGCGUCUGGUUGCCAUUAUCAUGUGGUAUGCUCCCAUUGGUAUCCUGUUCCUGAUUGCAGGAAAGAUUGUGGAGAUGGAUGAUCUGACACAGAUGGGUGGCCAGCUGGGCAUGUAUACCAUCACAGUCAUUAUUGGCUUGAUGAUCCAUGCCAUUCUUAUUCUGCCCACUCUUUAUUUUGUGAUCACUCGGCAAAAUCCCUUUAUCUUCAUUGCUGGGCUCCUGCAAGCUCUGAUAACAGCCCUGGGAACGUCAUCCAGGUGAGUAGUACCAGUCACUACCAGACAUCAGUAAA